CGUUAUUGUGACAAGAUGGGCACGAACCUCGACGAACAGCUCGCUUUCAUGCGCCUUGCGUUGGCAGAGGCAGAGAAAUGCCAGGCAUCUCCUACAGCGUUUUGCGUAGGCUGCCUCCUAGUACUGAGAUGGCCUGAUGAUGGUACACCUACCGUUGUCUCUACAGGUUUUUCUAGGGAACUCGAAGGAAAUACACACGCUGAAGCCAACGCCCUUACAAAACUACGCUCUCUUCCACAGGAAAAGCUUGCCCAUAUAUUUUCUGCCUCAUCUGUACCAUUUUCACUCGACAUCGAUGAGAUCUUGACUCGUCUCGAUGUAUAUACGACUAUGGAGCCCUGCUCCGUCCGAACCUCUGGCCUUGCCCCCUGUGCAGAUGCUUUGAUAGCUGCAAAAGUCAGGCGGUGCUUUAUCGGUGUAGGGGAGCCGGACGAUUUCGUUACUUGCGAAGGUGCACAAAAGCUGAAGGAUGCUGGCAUAGAGGUUGUGUGGUUGAAAGGUUUGGAGGAAGAAAGUCUUCGAAUUGCUCGUCGCGGUCAUUAAACUCUCGCAGUAUUUCUUUGCUCGAUAAAUUGCCGCAUCUUAUGGAUGACUCUAUCCCGAAAAGGGUUUAGUGUGAUACAUGUGUAAAUUGUCCUACCUUUCCGUUCGUUGGUUUCCAGUAUUAAUCUAUUUUGUUAUAGCUGUGGAAAAAUAUCAUACGAUUGUACUCGGGACCGACUAUAGCCUUUCAACAGACGCA